GAAAGGGGAAAAAGUUAGUGUGUGAAAUAGUGUGCAGUGACAUUAAUAUUACGUUUAUAUCAAGGAUUUAUUAUUUAAUAAUUAUUCCAUUGAUUUUUAAUAACAUUUAUAAGCUUAUUUAAGGUAUUAUUUUAUCAGUGUGAAUGAAUAAGUAAUUCUGGUUUUACGUGCAACUCAAAAUAAUUGGAUUAACUGGUGACUGCCUUCGCGGUAUAUCAAUUACCUGCGAAGAGCAUUAUUAUUUUCACCAAAAAACGUGUUGCUUUUCUCCAAGGCCCAAAUAUGCUUGUCGACGAGAUGCCUCGUAGCUUCGUUAAGAAAAAUAAUAGUUAUAGUCACUGUCCGCUUAAAAAGCGACCAGUGCUUGUUGUUAUCAACGAGGAUGUUCCUAAAUUGAUCAAAGAAGAAAUCAUUGACGUAGUAACGGAUGAUGUUUCCGAGCCCGAAAAUUUGAGCACAAAACCAGAAGAUCUAAGUAGACACGCCGAGCGUCGUUUAACUCAACUACAACCACAACCACAACCACAACAGCAACAAUUAUUACAACAGCCGAAACGACAACGAGAAGAAGAAGAUGAAGAAGAAGAAGAAGAAGAAAAACAACAUCAGCAGCAGCAACAGCACUAUUAUCAUCAUCAUUUUCCUCCUUAUCAUCAACAUCUUGAAUAUCAACAACUACUGGAACAACAGCAACAUAUGUUGUCGGAACACUUAGCCCAAAAUUUUCCAUCAAGAACACCAUCACCUCCAACGAGGAUACGAUCACCUUCACCAAUCUCAUUGAAAUCUGCCUCACCAUCGAUGCAUCAUCAUCUUCAUAUUCUUCACCCGGUGAAUUUCCAUCAUCACAAUCAUUUCCCAACAAAAGCAAUCACGCCGCCGGCUGGUAUAGCACCAAUUCAUCCUGUCGCAAAGAAAGCACGCGUAGAAGUAAUCCAACAUGAAAGUUCCUCAUCAACGGUGAUAACAGGUACAACAACAACGACAACGGAUACGGGUGCGGAUGCGGCCACGGGUACGACUAGUGGUGGUUCAGCCACAACAGUUUCAGCUAAUACUGGACCGCUUCAUUUCAUGGUUAGUAAGGCAUCCUUGGAACCAUUGAACCUGAACACUCCAGUCGAGCCAUCAGCUCAUUACGCGACACCAACGUGGGCUCAUUCCGCACCUCUGUAUCCACCACACUAUGUACCCUAUCCCGCAAAUUACAGAUAUCAUUCCGGGGGCCAGGAGCUUUAUUCACAAUUUCCUUUACCAACUUAUUCACAUACAUUCCCGGAAGAUACUACAUCAGUAUCGCCACCACCUCACAUUGCUUUGACCUGUCCAACAAUCCAAAGACCAAUUGCCAGGAGUUACAAUCACUGGGCUAAUCCUGAUCAAUGUGGUCUUUCCCCUACUAGUUCCUUAGAAUCAGGAUCUCUGAGAUCACCUCCACCGAUCACUCCUGAAGAUUUAUCUUCUCCAGGAAGUGAAAGUGGAAGAUCUUCUGCCGGUAGUACUUCAUCUGGUCCAACAAUUGGCAAUGUCAAGAUUCAUAAAAACUCGUCGAAUUUAUCAUCUUCGUCUACUACUUCUUCAUCAUCGUCCAAUAAUACUCCAAGGCAUCAGUGUAGAGGUUGUGGAAAAUCUUAUUCCACGUAUUCGGGAUUAACUAAGCAUGAACAUUUUCAUUGUGCCGCAGCUGAAAAAACUAAAAAGAAAUUUUCUUGCAAAUCGUGUGAUAAGGUUUACGUUAGUCUCGGUGCACUUAAAAUGCAUAUCAGAACGCAUACCCUACCAUGCAAGUGUACAACCUGCGGGAAAGCGUUCUCGAGGCCAUGGUUACUUCAAGGCCAUAUCAGGACUCAUACCGGGGAAAAACCGUUCAGUUGUCAGCAUUGUAAUCGCGCAUUCGCCGACAGGAGCAAUUUACGUGCUCAUUUGCAAACGCAUAGCGAGGUUAAAAAGUAUUCAUGCUCGUCUUGUAGAAAAACGUUCAGUAGAAUGUCUUUAUUGUCGAAACAUCAGGAAGGUGGUUGCCCUGGUAUAACAGUAGCGAUAGGCUACGAUCAUUUAUAAAUAAUAAAUGCCGAAAAAAACCGAGAAUCUUUGUACGUUUCACAGAGAUCUUAAAAACGUAUAUGAAAUAAACAGCAAACAAACGCGUUUUAAUAAAAACCGAAUUUUCGCAAUUGUGAAAGAUCUCUCGG